AUGGUGAUGUCCAUGGCUGUGGCUGCCUUCCUCGGGGACAUCGCCCUGGAUGAGGAGGAUCUGAGGGCCUUCCGGGUGCAGCAGGCCUCGGACUUCAGACAGCUUACGAUCCGCAGGUCUUCCAUCACAGCUGCAGGAAACUCCUCUACCCUCAGCUGCCAGCAGGCUAAGGGGCAGCCUCGGAGGAGAAGCCCGGGCAGGUGGAGAAGCAGGUCCCGGAGCCGGCGGGCGGCGACGUCCAGACCCGAGCGCGUGUGGCCUGAUGGGGUCAUCCCCUUUGUCAUUGGGGGAAACUUCACUGGCAGCCAGAGGGCAGUCUUCCGGCAGGCCAUGCGGCACUGGGAGAAGCACACCUGUGUUACCUUCCUGGAGCGCACCGAUGAGGACAGCUACAUUGUAUUCACCUAUCGUCCCUGCGGGUGCUGCUCCUACGUGGGUCGCCGUGGUGGGGGCCCGCAGGCCAUCUCCAUCGGCAAGAACUGUGACAAGUUUGGAAUCGUGGUGCAUGAGCUGGGCCACGUCAUCGGCUUCUGGCACGAGCACACACGGCCCGACCGGGACCGCCACGUCUCCAUCGUGCGCGAGAACAUCCAGCCAGGGCAGGAGUAUAACUUCCUGAAGAUGGAGGUCCAAGAGGUAGAGUCCCUGGGGGAGACCUACGAUUUUGACAGUAUCAUGCACUAUGCCCGCAACACAUUCUCCAGGGGCAUCUUCCUGGACACCAUUGUUCCCAAGUACGAGGUGAAUGGAGUGAAACCUCCCAUCGGCCAAAGGACCCGGCUCAGCAAGGGGGACAUCGCCCAGGCUCGCAAGCUCUACAAGUGUCCAGCCUGCGGAGAGACCCUACAAGACAGCACAGGCAACUUCUCCUCUCCUGAGUACCCCAAUGGCUACUCCGCCCACAUGCACUGUGUAUGGCGCAUCUCCGUCACACCUGGGGAGAAGAUCAUUCUGAACUUCACAUCCAUGGACCUGUACCGGAGCCGCCUGUGCUGGUACGACUACGUGGAGGUCCGAGAUGGCUUUUGGAGGAAGGCGCCCCUCCGAGGCCGCUUCUGCGGGGGCAAACUCCCUGAGCCUAUCGUCUCCACGGACAGCCGCCUCUGGGUUGAAUUCCGAAGCAGUAGCAACUGGGUCGGGAAGGGCUUCUUUGCAAUCUAUGAAGCCAUCUGCGGGGGAGAUGUGAAAAAGGACAAUGGCCACAUCCAGUCGCCCAAUUACCCAGAUGAUUACCGGCCCAGCAAAGUCUGCAUCUGGCGGAUCCAGGUGUCCGAGGGCUUCCAUGUGGGCCUCACCUUCCAGUCCUUCGAGAUUGAGCGCCACGACAGCUGCGCCUAUGACUACCUGGAGGUGCGGGACGGGCACAGUGAGAGCAGCACCCUCAUCGGGCGCUACUGUGGCUACGAGAAGCCUGAUGACAUCAAGAGCACCUCCAGCCGCCUCUGGCUCAAGUUCGUCUCUGACGGCUCCAUUAACAAAGCCGGUUUUGCUGUCAACUUUUUCAAAGAAGUGGACGAGUGCUCUCGGCCCAACCGUGGGGGCUGUGAGCAGCGGUGCCUCAACACCCUGGGCAGCUACAAGUGCAGCUGUGACCCUGGGUACGAGCUGGCCCCUGACAAGCGCCGGUGUGAGGCUGCCUGUGGCGGAUUCCUCACCAAGCUCAACGGCUCCAUCACCAGCCCGGGCUGGCCCAAGGAGUACCCGCCCAACAAAAACUGCAUCUGGCAGCUGGUGGCCCCCACCCAGUACCGUAUCUCCCUGCAGUUCGACUUCUUCGAGACCGAGGGCAAUGACGUGUGCAAGUACGACUUCGUGGAGGUGCGCAGUGGACUCACGGCUGACUCCAAGCUGCACGGCAAGUUCUGUGGCUCUGAGAAGCCCGAGGUCAUCACCUCCCAGUACAACAACAUGCGCGUGGAGUUCAAGUCCGACAACACCGUCUCCAAAAAGGGCUUCAAGGCCCACUUCUUCUCAGACAAGGACGAGUGCUCCAAGGACAACGGCGGCUGCCAGCACGACUGCGCCAACACCUUCGGCAGCUACGAGUGCCUGUGCCGCAGCGGCUUCGUCCUGCACGACUGCCCGCCCGCCGGCUGUGACCACAAGGUGACAUCCACCAGCGGCACCAUCACCAGCCCCAACUGGCCUGACAAGUAUCCCAGCAAGAAGGAGUGCACCUGGGCUAUCUCUAGCACCCCCGGGCACCGGGUCAAGCUGACCUUCCUGGAGAUGGACAUUGAGUCCCAGCCCGAGUGUGCCUACGACCACCUGGAGGUGUACGACGGGCGUGACGCCAAGGCCCCGGUUCUGGGCCGCUUCUGUGGGAGCAAGAAGCCCGAGCCGGUCGUGGCCACGGGCAGUCGCAUGUUCCUGCGCUUCUACUCGGACAACUCCGUCCAGCGGAAGGGCUUCCAGGCGGCCCAUUCCACAGAGUGCGGAGGCCAGGUGCGAGCCGAGGUGAAGUCCAAGGAUCUUUACUCCCAUGCCCAGUUUGGCGACAACAACUACCCCGGGGGGGUGGACUGCGAGUGGGUCAUCGUGGCAGAGGAAGGCUACGGUGUGGAGCUCGUGUUCCAGACCUUCGAGGUGGAAGAGGAGACAGACUGUGGCUACGACUACAUGGAGCUCUUUGAUGGCUACGACAGCACAGCCCCCAGGCUGGGGCGCUACUGUGGCUCCGGGCCCCCUGAGGAGGUGUACUCGGCGGGAGACUCUGUCCUGGUGAGGUUCCACUCCGACGACACCAUCACCAAAAAAGGCUUCCACCUGCGCUACACCAGCACCAAGUUCCAGGACACACUGCACAGCAGGAAGUGACCGCUGCCCCUGUCACCUGGACUGGACAGUGGGAGCACCCGUCCCCACCCUCCGAUGGUCUGGAUGCGGCUGUCCUCAGGAGGCAGGGACUUGGACUCCUUCAUGAGCCACUUCCCCAGAUCCCUCCCCCGCUGGCCCUACCUGAGCAAGGGCCCAGGGCCGGGGAGCCAGAGCUUUCACUGAGACACUUGAAGUGGCCAUUCCUCUGUGGGGGCCGGCCGGCGGGGGGGAGGGUCUGUCAGCGGGACCCUCCUACCUGUCCUGCCCACCUCUGCGUGCUGGAUUGUGUAUAGCUGGUGCAUAUCUUCAUUGUAAUAUCCGUGUCCCGGCCCUUCCCCGGCCUCACUUGGUUUUAUUUUGAGCCUCCACUUCCCACUGUUUCCUGGGGCAUGAGUUUCCGUACGCGUCCCACGGGAGCACAGUGGGGAGCGGAAGGGGAAGGGUGGGGAAGGAGACAGGCCUUCUCUCAGGCCCAGUGGCUGGUCGGCCACAACCAGGGCAUCCCAGCCAAUAAACCGAAAGUGUUACAGCCAG